AUGCCUGCCUCUGAUCACGAGCAUGAAGCCGAGGCACUUCACGGCUUUUCCAACGGCAAUGGCCACCCAAAGGGCAAGUCUUCUCUGCAUCGCGCAGAGGAGAUGGAAGAUCUCUUCGAUGCCGUAAAAGCCCUCAUCAUUCCGUACAUCAAGGCCGCAGAUGACGCGGCCUCCGUCAAAGCGACCGGCCUCCCUGAGCGCGAUGUAAGCGGUCGGCCACGCACCACCCUCGUGGAACCGUAUUCGCCGCAGGAGCUGUCACAACGACUCGGGUUCUCGCUACCGGCUGAGGAGGGUCUGGGGAGGACGGGACUCGUCGAUAUGGUUCGGGAUGUGCUGCGGUACAGCGUCAACACCUGGGACCAGGGCUUCAUGGACAAGUUGACCGCCAGCACGAACCCCGUCGGGGUCGUAUCGGAGAUUCUCCUGGGGGUGCUCAACACCAACGUCCACGUCUAUCACGUCUCGCCCGCCCUCACCAUCAUAGAGAAGAGCACGGCCAAGGCACUGGCAUCAUACUUUGGCUUUGUCGGACCACAUGCAGGAGGAGUCACAUGCCAGGGAGGCAGCGCGUCCAACUUGACGUCUCUUGCAAUCGCUCGCAGCGCGCUGUACCCAGAGACGAAGCUGCAGGGUUCUGGGAGACAUCGGUUCGCCAUCUUUACCAGCGCUCACGGGCACUUCUCGGUCGAAAAGGCAGCCGUGACAUGCGGCAUGGGCGCCGAGAGUGUCGUGAGCGUGCCGGUCGACGGGCUGGGGCGCAUGAUGCCAUCGGCCCUGCGCUCCCUCGUCAUCGAAGCGCAGGCACGGGGCAUGACUCCUUUGUACGUCAACGCGACGGCUGGCACCACAGUCAUGGGCAUGUACGACCCGGUGCGCGCCAUCAGGGCCGUAUGCGACGAGUUUGGCAUGUGGCUGCACGUCGACGGCUCCUGGGGCGGCUCCGUCUGCUUCUCGCGCAAGCACCGACAUAAGCUCGACGGCUGCGAGCUGGCCGACUCGCUCACCAUCAACCCGCAAAAGAUGCUCAACGUGCCGAUGACGUGCUCGUUCCUCCUGACCAACGACCUGCGCCGGUUUCACGCCGCAAACUCCCUGCGCGCGGGCUAUCUCUUCCACGACCCGGAGAACGAUGAGGUCUGGGACCUUGCCGACCUGACGCUGCAGUGCGGAAGGCGCGCGGACAGCCUGAAACUCGCCUUGGCGUGGGUGUACUACGGGCCGUUGGGUUUUGAGAAGGGCGUCGACCACGCAUUCGACAUGGCGUACCGACUCACAGAACUCGUUGCCGCGUCGCCCGACUUCGAGCUCAUAUCAACAGACCCACCGUCGUGCCUUCAGGUGUGCUUCUACUACGCUCCUGGGGGCACGGUAUCAGAGUCAAAUGAAGAAAACACAAGGCGCACAAGGGCGAUGGUGGACAAGAUGCUCCUGCGGGGCUUCAUGUUUGACUUUGCGCCAGGGCCUAAGGGUCACUUCUUCAGAGUCGUUGUCAACUGCCAGACGCUUGCCGGCACCGUGGACGGAUUGUUCAAGGCUUUGGGGGAGGUCGGGAAAGAAGUCGUCGCGUGA